AAGUUGGCUCCAAUUGCAGUUGGCGCAAGUGUUUCCCUGGGCUGGGCCGGCAUGGAAGCACUGCUGGCAAGAUGGCGAGCGUUGCCCACCCUGGCCACCUGCAGGCUUCACCACCGCGCGCCCGGGAGAGGAAAGCUCUUGACGCUGUCCCGCAUGUUCCAGCCGCAGAGGCUGCGGGAAGACCAGGUGCUGUCCCUGGAGGGCAGACUUGGUGAGCUGACCUGUAAGAGCCAGCGGCUGAUGCUUCAGGCGGGCCUCAUCCACCCGGCGAGCCCCGGCUGCUACCACCUUCUGCCGUACACCGUGCGCGCCCUAGAGAAGCUCGUGCGGGUCAUCGACCAGGAGAUGCAGGCCAUCGGGGGGCAGAAGGUCAACAUGCCCAGCCUGGGCCCGGCAGAGCUCUGGCGUGCCACCAGCCGGUGGGACCUGAUGGGCAGGGAGCUGCUCAGACUCCGAGACAGACACGGCAAGGAGUACUGCUUAGGACCCACCCACGAAGAAGCCGUCACGGCCCUGGUCGCCUCCCAGAAGACGCUGUCCUACAAGCAGCUGCCCCUCCUGCUGUACCAGGUGACCAGGAAGUUCCGGGAUGAGCCCAGGCCCCGCUUUGGCCUUCUCCGGGGUCGGGAGUUUUACAUGAAGGACAUGUACACUUUUGAUGUGUCCACGGAGGCCGCCAGGCAGACCUACAGCCUGGUGUGCGGCGCCUACAGCAGCCUCUUUGAUAGGCUGGGGCUGCCGUGCGUCCAGGUGCAGGCAGAUGUGGGCAGCAUCGGGGGCACGAUGUCUCACGAGUUCCAGCUGCCAAUGGAUGUCGGCGAGGACCGGCUCUCAGUCUGCCCCAGCUGUAGCUUCUCAGCCAACAGGGAGACCCUCGACCCAUUGCAGACCCACUGCCCUGCGUGCCAGGGACCGCUGACCGAAACCAAAGGCGUGGAGGUGGGGCACACAUUCUUCCUGGGCACCAAGUACUCUGCUAUCUUCAACGCCCAGUUUGCCAGUGUCCAGGGCACGCCGUCGCUGGCUGAAAUGGGCUGCUACGGUCUGGGGGUGACGCGGAUCUUGGCUGCUGCCAUCGAAGUGCUCUCGACAGAGGACUGCAUUCGCUGGCCGGGCCUCCUAGCCCCUUACCAAGUCUGCCUCAUCCCCCCCAAGAGGGGCAGCAAGGAGGAGGCAGCGGCCACGCAGCUGGUGGGGAGCCUGCAGGAUCACAUCAUCGAGGCGGUGCCAGGGCUCUGCGGCGAGGUCGUGCUGGACGACCGGACUCACCUGACCAUUGGAAACAGGGGAAAAGACGCCAACAAGCUUGGUUACCCCUUUGUGGUCAUCGCUGGCAAGAGGGCCCUGGAGGACCCACCCCAUUUUGAAGUGUGGUGCCAGAACACCGGUGAGGUGAUCUUCCUCACCAGAGAAGGGGUCGUGGAAUUACUGAGCACGGUGCAGGUUGUCUGAACGCCACUAGCCCCCAGCACACACACACACACACACACUCCCCGUGGUCACGUGACAGCUGCAUUGUCGUUGUUGUCCCCACCACUCCUGCCCUGGGCAGGCUGCUCCCAGAAGGCAAGACUGUGGCCCCAGUAACCAGCUGCUAUCGCCUCCACCCUGACCCGGAGUGGCCCGAAUGUAUUGGAGGAGCACUGUGCCCCCCACAGGUUUGUUUUUCUGGAAGGAGAUCGCCACGCCUUUCUUAUGAGGCUCUUCUAAGUGGACUCAAGCCACCAACCUUUCAGUUAACAUCCAACACCAAGCUGUCUGUGCCACCCAGCGACUCCUCAAGACUGUUAGGAAAAAGGUUUGUUCUUAACCCGAUCGCACGUUCAAACUGUUGGCAUUGAAAGUUGUUAACACGGUCUCUGUGCCUGGACCAGCCCUGCUGUCUACCACGCAUCACUCCACUGGGGGAGCUUCUCUGAGCAGGCUGAGAGGACAGAAGGAAACCUAAGUUCUAGUUUUGUCCCUGGGGGUAGCUGAGGGCCGUCCUCCCUCCGUCUGCCAGCCUGUGACUCCAGGCCUCCUGCUGGCUCAGGCCAGAGCCCGCCCUCAGCCCUCCUCCACUGAGGGUGCGGGGGAAGGACUGGGGGAUCUGACCCUGCCACCAGCUCCCUGGGGACGUGGACCUGCCCCGCCCUCGGCCGGGCCCUGGAAUCCCAGCAGCUGUCCCUGGGUAGCUCCUUGAGACGUGCGUGGCAGGCAGCACCGGCCCCUCCCACCCUCCGUGGCCGAUGGGACCCAGGAAGUGAUGCUCUAGCUGGGGGCGCCCUCCAGGGAGCUAUCUAUUGAGGAGCAUGGGUGUGGAUUCAGUAGUCAAACUGCUGGGCCCAUGUUGACCGGAAGCAGCAGUCUUGCUGUUUGUCCGCUGUGACGCUUCCCGUCUGGAGCCGCUCCUCUCCCUGCCUCCUGCUCAGAGCCCACCAGCACCAGACCCACGGAGGCCAACUGACCCCGCAGGGGCUGGAGGGUUCUGUCCUGCAGGCCUCGGGAGACACCCUGCAGCUACACGCCUCGGAGCCCUAGAGGCAGAGUUGGCCCCCAGGGCCAUGCCCAGCGUGGCCGUGGCAGGGUCUCAGCCAGCCUUCAUUGAGACACGGAGUGCACGCCUCUUCUCGCGGAGUGCCGCCUGCUCUCGUGGCUCCCACAUCCACAUUGGGUCGUGGCCCCCGUGGGGUCUGACGUGUCUCAUUCCCACAAGACUGUAGGCCCAGUUCAAAGCCACACCUUCAAAACAGCCCUGGCGGCCCUUGGAGGAGGCUGUCCCCUCUGUCUGGUGGCCCUGGUCACACUCCUGCUUCCUGUGGCACCAAGCUCCUUGCGGGGCCUAGCCAGCCUCUUGAGGGUGGCGAGCCCCUGGGGCCAGGCUCCAAGCCCGAGCCCGUAGCUGGUGCCCUGUCCCUGUUUGGACCCUUGGGCCCACCGGUCAGCUUAGCUCUGCUGGAGCACCUCCACACCCGGACACAGCCCGGUCUCUUCACAGAUGAGCCCGCCAAGCCCCAGUGCGUCCCGGUGUCGUGGCCUGCUGUCCGGGACUCUGAGUAGACGUAGGCACACUCGCUCUUGGACCCUGAUGGCACAUUGGCGUCGUCUGCGUGUGGCACCCCCCACCCCGAUUUUUAAAGCUCCCGGGCUAUUCUAGCAGGCAACCAAAGUUGGGUCCGAGCCUCUGGCGUAAAGUUCAAGUCACAGCAGGCACUUCCAUGACUAACCGGAGCCCGCUGUCUCUAGUGUCUGCCGCUCCUUUGGUGAGGGCCUGCCGGGGGCACGAGGCUGUGGGUCUCCAGACACGGCGGUUCUGCAGGGUGGAUGCCGUGGCUCCCGUUUCCCGAACCCCAGUGGAGGCAUCCUGAUGGCUAAGCUAGUGUUGCUUCCCAGAGGCAGCGGCAAUGUGGUUUGGCAGAAAGAGCAGACCCUGGAAGGCACAAUCCUAGACCCACCACUUUGCAGGCCUGUGACUCAGGCCAGUACUUACUGUGUCCAUCUCAUGGGACGUCUGUAAGAUAAGAUCCCCUCAUAGCGGCGCAGCUGGGGGUCGACUGAGCUUACUGAAGUGAACGCCCCCUCCUCCCCAGCCCUGUCAUGUGCUCUCCGGAGACACCUCCCUUAGACCACGUGAGUUAUAUCACCCCACCGGGAGCCCGGUUCCGCUGUGAGUGUUGUCAUCUUGCGACCCGGGUGUCUUGUUUCCUGGAUCCGAGGCUUACAGCCUUCCUGGACGUUCCACCAGCAAGAAGGAGGCCCACGGGCAGGAAGGCUGCAUCUCCUCGGAGGGAAAUGGGAAAGAGUAAACUGCCGCCUCGUUCCUGUCCCUGCCCCCUCGUUACUGAACUUGCCAGCUUUACCUCUCGCCACACACUGAAACGGAGAUGCAAGAUAACAGGUACAGUCUGUAUUGUCACGGCUCUUCCUUGGGGAGAUCGAGCAGCAACCGGCUGGGAACUAUUUAGCAGAAUUAAUACUUGGGGACAAAGGCAGAUGCAUAACAAAACCAUCCUGUAAAUCAAGCCUGGAAUGUAAAUCAAGGGCUCCAUCAAUGUUCUGGGUUUUAAUGGGGAAAACACCUGCUGGGCUGUCAAUAAAAGAGCUCUGCAGAAAUCUG